CCUUCUUUUUUUCUUUUUGCAAUAAAUGAUAUCCUAGUAAAUAUUUUCUUUCAAAAAGUAUUUUUAAAAAAAUGGAGUAGAACAAUAUAAAUAUUUCAGUCCCUUUUCACUCCAUUUUUCUCUCCCCGCCAUGUCUUUCCUUCAUCAAACACAAGUUCUUCAUCGAUCUUCAAACCCAUCUUUUUCUCAAAUCAAACAAACCACAUUUUCUUCCAUUUUACAAACCACAAUUAAUCUUUACCUAAUUUGCACAAAAGGUUUAAUUCCCCAAUUGUUUUUUUGGCUCCAUAUUAUGAAAAAAUGCGUACGCCAAAAGAAGGAAGCUUAAGCGAUCAUGAUAUCCCAUCGCCCCGGAGCUUUAUCUCGAUUUUGAUAUUCCUUUUAAUUUCUCCGGCGGCGCCGGUGGCCCACGGCGGCCCCGACACCGGUAAUCCCGCCGCCGUCCAGCUCUUCGCACAGGCCGUCUAUAACAAAUUUAAGAAUUUCAAUUCUCUGUUUGAUGAUAGCGUCGCCAAACAAAUGCGUUAUUGCGUCAACAAUGUGGAUGCUGAUUGGAAAGCAGCAUUUGAUUUCUCAAAAGACACUGAAUUUCUUUCCAAUUGCGUCAAACAAACAAAAGGGGAUAUAAUGCAGCGUUUGUGUACAGCUUCAGAAAUAAAAUUUUAUGCAUCGAGCAUAGUUUUAGGCACUCUCGAGAACAUGGGGUCAAGUAGCAGCAACUAUGUGAAACCAAACAAGAAUUGUAAUUUGACAUCAUGGGCUUCUGGGUGUGAGCCAGGGUGGGCUUGCAGUGUUGGAAAAGAUGUGCAAGUUGACCUUAAAACACCGAAAGAAAUGCCCGACAGAACCCUCGAAUGUCAGCCUUGUUGCGAAGGAUUCUUUUGUCCUCAUGGCCUCACUUGUAUGAUACCCUGUCCGUUAGGCUCUUAUUGCCCUGUUGCAACUCUCAACAAAACUACAGGUGUAUGUGAUCCCAAGAGGGCUGAUGAUUGGACGAAGAAGAUUUGCAGGUAUCCGAUUGCAGAAGAAGAUCGGAGGCAAGCUGAUGCCGGAGGAGGAGGAUUGACGGUACAGUUAUCAGCUGCCUACUGGAGAGACAAAUCAUACAUGCGGUGGAGCAGAUGUGUGGGUUGAUUUUGUCAGUUCCUCUGAUCUAUUUUGUUCAGCUGGAUUUUACUGUCCUAGCACUACCAAGAAAAAUCCUUGCAGUCGUGGCCAUUACUGCAGGGCUGGCUCAACAGAGCAAACGAACUGUUAUGAAUUGGCUACUUGUGAACCUCAAACUGCAAAUCAAAACAUCACAGCAUAUGGUCUCCUCUUUUUUGCUGGAAUCAUACUCGUACUCCUCAUCAUUUACAAUUG